AUGUCGAAACCACCCCCUAUGAAACUGCUCAUUGAGACCCUCUGCGACACUAUUCUAGACUUACCUACUGCUCCCCUCACUAGCCGCACUACGCCCAAGACUCGCUCAGUAUCUACUACCACACUAGAAAAGAUUAUUUCCCUCGGUCUUGAACUCCGCACGUCUCUCGCCCAACAUGAAGCCCUCCCAUCUCCUCCAUCAACCCCCUCGCCUGAACUCCUAGCCAUCAAGGCCCAACUGGAUAACCUCACCAGCAAAGUCGACAGCCUCACGAAUAGCCCCUCACCAAGCCCUUCCCCGGAGCUACAUGCUCCCCCGACCAGGGUUGUUGCCAGCGCACCGCGCGAUAGUCACGUGAUCCGGACCGCCGUCCCCCGCGACGCGUCUCUCGAUAUCGUUCUUCACCCGGUGUCCACACACACCAAACCGAUCAACAAACCUCCCUCCGAUGUUCGCAUGCAGCUUCACAAAUAUAUCUGGAACCACAAUCACCUGCAGCACCUCUUAUCUGCGAAGCCCGGAACUCCUGUCAUCCGUGCUGUGGUGCUUCAUCCCGACGAUUCCGUCCGUGUUUUGGUCUACGACCAGCAUCAACGCCGAGCCCUGAUGUGUGACUCGUCGUACUGGGUCAAGCAAUGCUUGCCUGGGUACUCGAUUUCCUACGGUCCGCCAGCACACGGACACACCAUCGUUGUACACGGCGUCCCGACCACAUUCAAACCCCGCAGCGAGGUCUCAAAAGCCGAUCUUGCCAAAGAGAACUCUCAUGUUCUUCGUGAUCAACCCAUCCUCAACUGCCAUUGGCUCACCCACAAACGCGCCGCAGAACUCCGUACAGCCAAAACCCAUUCGUCACUCGUCAUACAUGUCCCCACUGCCAGCCUGGCACAGCAGCUCGUUGCAUCGCGUGUUGCUUUCGAUGGUGUUCUUCUUCGCACCGAGCACAUUGUUCUCCGUGCCUCCAAAUGUUACAAUUGCUUCCGAACCGGACAUAUCGCCGCCUACUGUCACCGCCCUGCUACCUGUGGCAACUGUGCUGGCCCCCACCCCACGCGUGCCUGCUCGUGUCCUCACGAAUCGACACCGUGCAAGGAUAUUCACGAAUGUCCGCAUGUCGCUGUCAACAGUGCGACAGCAGCCAUCGCAUUGAUCCGGAUACCUUCACCGUAUGGCCUGAAUGGGUCAGAUGCUUACCGUGGGCCCCUGCUCAUCAAUCCAGGAGGUCCUGGUGCAAGUGGCAUCGAGACUGUCCUGACUGAGACUGCUCAACAGCUUCUGGAGCUCGUGGGCGAUGUCUAUGACCUGGUUGGUUUCGAUCCUCGUGGUGUGGGUCGCUCGACGCCUCAAGCACAACGCAUACCAUCACAACUCCAGGCUGCUAUCUGGGGAGAGGAGACACUUUUUGGCGCUCUGCCCCCGCUCAGUAUCCCCGGCAAUGUCGGUCUCACGCUUGCAAAGGCGGAGGUUAGUAACGCGGUCUACGGCCAAUCUGGCGCGGACUACCUGCCCUUUAUCAACACGCCAUAUACGGCAGAGGAUAUGAUGCAGAUCGUCCGGGCUCACGGGCGAGAUAAGCUGAGCUACUAUGGUUUCUCCUAUGGAACGGUGCUCGGUGCGACGGUAGCGUCUUUAUAUCCCGACAGCAUUGAGCGUAUGGUUUUGGAUGGUGUUCUUGACGCGCAGGAAUACUACGCAGGCAACGUGACUGCCAAUCUUCUCGACACCGACAAGGCUGUCAAUGUCUUCUUUCAAGCUUGCUACGAGGCGGGACCAGAUCUGUGCGCGUUCUACGACUCGUCUGCGAAGCAGAUAUCCGCAAAUCUCGACGCCCUUUACGAGCAGUUGAAAGAAGCGCCCAUUCCUGUCCUUAUCAAUGAAGCAUCCUUCGGUUUCGUCGAUUACGGGAUGCUGAGGGGCAUCAUUCGCGAUGUCGUGUACUUCCCGUACCAAUAUUUCCCGUUCCUUGCACAGGGACUCGCUCUUCUUCAGCAAGGAAACGGCACAGCAUUCUUCGAGUUCGCUGGUACUACAAGCACCUUCUCAUGCGACUGCGCCAACUCGACAAACCCAGACAAUGGUAUCGACGCUCUGCUUACUGUGGGAUGCAAUGACGCGCCGGUACAAAACUACAGCGUGUCUGAAUGGCAAAGCCAGUUCGACACCGCUGCGGGCGUCAGCGAAUAUGCUGAGGUGUACUUCGGUCUCGCUCUGCGUUGCCAGUCUUGGCCUGUAGGUACUUCCAGUCGAGUUCCAUCACCCAGCUCCCUCGGGGGCAACACUAGCGCACCAAUUCUGUUCGUUGCAAAUACCAUCGACCCUGCAACGCCACAUGUUGGAGCGGUCGCCACGUCUGCACUCUUUCCCGGAUCGGCCCUCUUGACCCAAAACUCUACUGGCCAUACUUCCACGUCUGCGACGUCUAACUGUACCGCAUCCAUCGUAGCUAGAUACUUUGUCGACGCGUCGCUGCCGGAAGACGGCACUAUUUGCCAGGUGGAAGGAGAGUUCUUCCCCGCAGGCGCCUCGGCUUGA